CGCCGGCCGUGAAAACUACGGAGUAAUUUAAUUCAUCUUUCUCCUUCCUCCGGCCUAUAUAUAUAUAUAUAUAUAUAUAUAUAUAUUCACUGUAUAUACACCUAUAGGUAAAAAAAUAUAUAUAUAAAGUAAAAAAUGGAGGCGGGAAAGAAAUUUGCAGUGCUCCAAUGCGCGGAGGACACGGAGCACGUGAAGAAGAGGUACGGCGGGUAUUUCGGGGUGUACUUGGAAAUGCUGGCGGAGGAGGGGGAGGAGUGGGCCCUCUUCCGCGUGGCUCGCGGCGAGUUCCCGGCGGAGGACGAAAUUGCCGGCUACGACGGGUUCGUCAUCACCGGGAGCUGCGCUAACGCCCACGGCAACGACGUCUGGAUAUGCAACUUCUUGAGCUUUCUCAGGAAGUUGGACUCCAUGAAGAAGAAAGUUCUUGGCAUUUGCUUUGGCCACCAGAUAUUGGGCCGGGCCAUAGGAGGAAAGACGGGGCGCAACACCAACGGUUGGGACAUCGGAGUUACCACCGUACACUUGGCUCCGUCGAAGCUUUUCACCUCCCUCGAAAUGCCGCCUUACCUCGAUGUUUUUGAGUUCCACCAAGACGAGAUACAAGAGCUUCCAGCGAAGGCGGAGAUAAUGGCAUGGUCUCACAAGACUGGAAUAGAAAUGUUUAAGUAUGGCGAUCAUAUGAUGGGCAUUCAAGGUCACCCUGAGUACACCAUGGACAUUGUUCUUCACCUCAUUGACCGUCUUUCCAAACGCAACCUUAUUCAGGCAGAGACGGCGGCCGGGGCAAGUGCGAAGAUGGAGAAGGAAAAAGUAGGACGAUAUGAAGAAGAUGAUGAUGGACCCAGCAAGGCGGCGUGGAAGAAGCUCUGCAUUUCUUUCCUCAAGGGAUCAUUCAAAUAAUUAAAUCCAAUUAAUAUAUAUAUACUCCCCGUUUAACAAAACAUUUUCGCCUUAAUUUUUUGUACACCCCAUGCAUAAAGGAGUUUUAUUCCACCUAAAAUGCCUAAAAUACAUUUAAAACAAUUUCUACUCACAAUUAACUACGAACUGGGGU